AAAACUUAAAUUAUUAGCUUUGAUUAAGCUAGUAUACUCUGUAUUCUUCUAGCCGAAUUUGGGAAACAAGUUUUAACUUCUAUAACAAGCGAUGAUGCGCGACAUUAAAGCGGUAUAACUAGAAGCUGUACGACAAAAAGCACUGCCAUGACACGUUUUCUAAAAACCUAAGAUGUCCUGCUCAGAAAAAAACAAGCAUACGGUAAGCAUUCGCAUAAACAGUAUAUAAUUAGCUUCGAUCCACGGCUUAGAUCUGUCCUAAUUAACUCAUAUAUGUUUCAAAACAUCGAACAGAUCCGUCUGUUUGAGAAGAGAUGCGUUUUUAUUUGUAUUUAUUUGUUAUCAUUAUUAAGAAUAAGACUGAACUAUAGAAGUCUAGAAUUAGAACAAAGAAAAGUAACAAAUCUAUUCUUUAAUUUCUAUGGCGUUGGGAACGUUUUUAAAACUUUAAAACUCAAUCUAGUGGAGAGCGAACAAAAUGAUUGAUAUCUUCAACUAAAAAGGUGGAGUAAACGAGAUUUCCACAACACGAAAGUUAAACGAAAUGUCUAGUCGAAACUCGAACCUGCAUUAGAAAACCACGUAUCAACUUCAACGUCUCAACGCACCUCAACUCUCACGACACCCAGAAUGUUCGGAAGAGCUAAUACUAAUAGUGACAGUAAGUACGUGGAUCACAAGCGAGAAGAUCAGAUCUGUCACUGCUACCCAGCCUGUAAGGAGGUGUUCUACAAGGCAUCUCUCAGCAGUUCCAUCCUCUCCAAGUUCUACGCUAAAAACCACGUCGAAAUCCUUCCUCAAGGGUACGGGACGGUAGAAGAUGUGGCAGAUAACCUGGUAGUUAUUGACAUUCUCUUUUCCACUACACAAGAGACGGAGAUCACAGAGCUAGUCAGUUACGGAUGGGGGAACUUUCUCGGAGAUGUGGGUGGUGUGCUGGGAUUGUUUCUGGGUGCGAGCGCUUUCACUCUGAUAGAGUUCGUGUUUUUCAUAGCAACUCUUGCUUGGAAUGCGCUUGUUGGGGUGUUCCGUUGUGGACGAUCUUUAUGAUUAUGACGGCUCUAUUAGUAUUAGUAUUUGAAAUUGUUCUUUAUAAACAAACAAAUAUUUAGAAGGGUUUCUUGAAGGAAAUAAAACUACUCAUAACUAGGUUAUAAAAGCAAAUGUAAAUUGUUACAAGACUUUUAAAACACAUUGUACUUUAUGAAGUUAUGUGAUAGUUAAAGUUAAACUUUGAUGUUUUGUUAAACGAUCAUUACUCAUUGAAUUUGAAAGGAGAUUUGCGGGAUCAAUUGAAAAAGUUUUGUGGAUAAGUAUUUUGAUGGUAAUACAAACGAGUUCAGAUUCGAAAAAACUUGUUUUAAUCUACGGGAGAUUUGAUAUGCACUAUAUUAAUAUACAUAGCAUUAAACCAAAUACACAUAUUAAAUUGGCGUAUAACAUUACAACUGUCAAUAUUUAAAA